UCUCAACAAACAGCAUCAAGUUGAUAUUCCAUGAUCAGAUCUUGGAUAGAUAAAGCAUUACACCGAUUUCCACGUUCAAAUCUACAAAGAAAGGCACAAAACAACACAAUGGUAUCAUUGCGGCCACCCUAUUCCAAUGCUACAAGGCGCGAGUUUCUCAGAAUAACCUCCUCCAGCGCCAACGGAACAGAAAAAACAAACAAACAAAUGGUAGAAAAGGUAAGAAAAAAAGUACAAGACAUUAUUAUUCCAGCCGAAGUCUGCUUCCCAUUUUUAUCUUCACAAGAGGAAAAAAAAGCUAUAACUCUUGACGAACGAGAUCCCUGUAUGCUACAAUGCAAGAGUGCAAACACACAUAUGUGGUUGAGGGUAAAAAGGAAAAGAGAGAGAGAGAAAGAGAGAAAACAAAGUAUAUACGCCCAAUCAACGCCUGUUUGUUAUGGUACAAAACGACGACAAAAUGUCAAGGGUACGACAAAGGUAUGGAUAUGUCGGGAGUGGAUCGUUGAUACACGAAUCCAAGGGGUAUGACUUUUCUUUUGUACAUCUGCGACGGGAGGGGAUGAUGGAGGUGGCAAGUUCGUCUGCUUUCGCUGCAAGGGGAGAGGUAUAUGUACGCGCAUCCUGGCAAAAGCUAGAUACGAAACUUGAUAGGGUACUCUGGGUACG